AUGGGGCCAAAAUGGAGACUGGGAAUUUAUGUUGGUUUUGAGUCUCCCUCAAUUAUUAAGUACCUUGAACCAAUGACCGGUGAUCAAUUCACUGCUAGGUACUUGGAUUGUCAAUUUAAUGAGACAGUAUCCCCGGCAUUAGGGGGAGUAGAUAAGGAGAUUAAAAAGAAAGAUAUUGCAUGGAAUGCAACAUCUAUAUCUUUUAUGGAUCCACGGACAAAUGAUAGUGAACUUGAAGUUCAACGGAUCAUACAUUUGCAAAGUGUUGCAAAUAGGCUACCAGAAGCGUUGAUAGAUACCAAAAAGGUCAGAAAAUCACAUAUUCCGGCUGAAAAUGUUCCAGCUCAUUUAGAUGUCCCUGAAGCAAUUCUUAAUAAAUCAAACGGAUCUGAGUCACAAAUACGCCUGAAGCGUGGUAGACCACCUGGCUCUAAAGAUGCAAAUACUCGAAAGAGAAAGGAACAAAUCGUUUCAGUUAAUCACGAUAUGAAUGUGACCACUAGUGCCUCUAAGGAUAAAAUUCCUAAAGCGGUUUUAUCUUAA